AUGGCUCCUCUUUGCUUGAUAGCUACCUUGACUAUCCUCUCUGUUCAACAAGUCUCAACCCUUCAAACAACUUCGACCGUCAAUUCUAGUGGCUACACAAACGGGCCUUUGGAUAAUACUGUACAUCAUCCCAGUGUCGGUUUACCUAUCGGCUCUUGGAAUAUUCUUGAUCUCAAUUCGACCUCAAAGGCAAAUGUUUGCAAUGAUCAACUCCUAUUUUGUGAUAAACAAUGUGGUGAUCCAAACUCAACCUCAUUAAAUUUCUGUAAUGUGAAUACAAUGGCCUGGGGAUGUGAUUGUAAAACCAAAAUUCCAGAUUGUCCUCCUUACCAGUGGCCGGUUUCGAUUGCUGAGUGUAGAGGACGAGAAGAUGCAUGUAAUAACGGGUGUGCCGAAGGAACAACCAAAGAGCUAUGUGCGGAUGGGUGUAAGCGAUAUUAUAGAUGCAAUAUGCCCGGAGGUAUUCCUAGUGCUCUGCGAACAAACACCUCGGACGAAAAACCAAUCUACAAUAUUCCUAUACCAAACCAAGCUACCCUACAGCUCACAGCACCUACCUAUUCCAUCCUCUUACCUGUCAUUAUCUUUAUUGGUCUUUUAGGACAAACUCCCCUGUCUAUUGUUCUUUAG